GCUUAAGUUAUGCCAAUUUCCCAAGUUUUAUUAAAACCUGUGAAGAGCAAGAGAGAGACGUUGUCUUGAUUUCGGAUUUAGAAUAGCGAUUUGGAGUAUAGAAAGGUUUAAGUGAGAAGCUACAAAAGCACACGAUCCGACGAAUUUAAAUAGUAUUUAGUUGUAACAUUUAUCACAAAACUGAAAAAUGGGGAUUCCAAAGUUCUUUCGAUGGAUGAGUGAAAGAUAUCCGUUGUGCAGCCAGCUGAUUACCGAGAAUAGGAUCCCAGAAUUCGAUAAUUUAUACCUUGAUAUGAAUGGCAUUAUUCACAACUGUUCUCAUUCGAAUAAUGAUAUGGAUGUUCAUAACCGUGUUUCCGAAGACAAAAUUUUCAUAGAAAUAUUUAAUUAUAUCGAUCAUUUAUUUACCAAAAUAAAACCGAAACAACUAUUUUUUAUGGCCGUUGAUGGCGUUGCCCCAAGGGCUAAAAUGAAUCAACAACGUGCUAGACGAUUCAGAACUGCUGCUGAAGCCGCUAAAAAAGCCGAAUCUAGAGGUGAAGAAUCAUCUCAGGAGGCACCUUUUGAUAGUAAUUGUAUUACACCAGGCACCGAAUUUAUGACAAAACUUUCACAUCAACUCAAAUAUUUUAUAAAUAAGAAAGUGACAGAAGACUCAAAUUGGAGAAAUAUUAAAGUAGUAUUAUCAGGCCACGAAGUACCAGGUGAAGGAGAACAUAAAAUCAUGGAAUAUAUUCGUAACACAAAAGCCCAAGUAGAUUAUAAUCCAAAUGUCAGACAUUGUUUAUAUGGAUUAGAUGCAGAUUUAAUUAUGCUUGGACUUUUAAGUCAUGAUCCACAUUUUGCUUUACUCAGAGAAGAGGUUACUUUUGGAUCAAGUAAAAAGAAAAAACAAGGACGUGUCGAAUCUCAAAAUUUUUUUCUCAUGCAUUUAUCAUUAUUGCGUGAAUAUUUGGAUCUUGAAUUUUCAAUACUUAAGGAAACACUUUCUUUUGAAUAUAAUCUCGAAAGAAUAAUAGACGAUUUCAUUUUGUUGGCAUUAUUUAUUGGUAACGAUUUUUUACCACAUUUGCCCAACCUUCAUAUAGCUGAAGGGGCACUUGGAUUGAUGUUUCACGUAUACAAAAAAGUUUUACCGGCUGCUGGCGGUUAUAUUAAUGACGGAGGAUUAUUAGAUGUGAAAAGACUUGAGAUGAUAUUUAGAGAAUUAACAAUUUUUGAAAGAGAUGUUUACGAAGGUGAAUUUGUAGAUUUAAAAUGGUUUAAAGGAAAGCAGAAGAAACAUUUAGAAAUGAUGGAAGAGAAGAAGAGAAAAGAGAAAUUAGUUCUAACACCAAAACAACGAGAAAUAUAUAAUCAGAUCAAAGAAUUGAUUAAAACACGCACAAAACAUCAUUUUCCGGCUGAUUAUCCUGCACGUGAUCGCGCUUUUAUAAAAAAACUUGCUGAAGAAUUGAAAAUUCAUCAAUCAGUACUUGAAGAUGGAGAAAACAAACAUUUGUUCGUUGAAUAUGACUCUGAAGAAGAGUCAAGUGGAGAAACAAGAGAGGAAGUUUAUAAAAAAUAUGAAGCUGCAGAAGUAAUUGAAGAGGAUGAUACUGAAACAUAUCAAGAAAAGGAAAGAAAGAAAGAUGAUGAGGCAUUUAUUGAAUGGAAAAGAAAAUAUUAUAGGGAAAAACUGCAGAUUGAUUAUGACAAUCAGGAGAGCAUGGAUAAAAUAGUUGGUUCAUAUAUUGAAGGACUGCAAUGGGUUCUAUGGUAUUACUACUUUGGUGUAGCAUCUUGGGGGUGGUUUUAUCCAUACCACUAUUCACCGAAAAUUUCAGAUUUGUAUGAUUUAGAUAAGAUCGAUAUUUCGUUUUUUAGCAGCAAGGAAAGACCAUUCACACCGUUUGAGCAAUUAAUGGGUGUUUUGCCCGAAGGGAGUAAAAAAUUUUUGCCUAAAGCAUAUCAGGAUUUAUUGUCCGAUCCUAACUCUCCAAUAAUAGAUUUCUAUCCAAAAGAUUUCACAACAGACUUGAAUGGUAAAAAGCAAGAAUGGGAAGCAAUAGUUAAUAUCCCAUUCAUUAAUCAAAAAAGGUUAAUCAAUGCUUUGAAGGAUAGGAAAGAUCAAUUAACCGAAGAAGAAAAAAAAAGGGAUACUUUUGGUGAUAGUUUUUUGUUUACGUAUGAUCCAGAUUAUAAAGAACUAUAUCCUUCAUCAUUACCAGGUUUUUUUCCAGAUAUCCCAUAUUGUUUGUGUCGUACUGAAGUUUAUCAUGUCCCAACUUUGGAAGGUCCAAAAUUUAUUAUAAAAGGGCUUUGUGACGGAGUUCAAUUGGGGAUUAAAGCCAUGCCUGGUUUUCCAUCAUUACAAACACUUAAACAUACUGCGAAGCUUUUACAGCAUGGGGUUAAUGUUUUUAAUUCGGAGAGCAAAAAUGAAACUAUGGUUAUUUCAAUAGUUGACCAAUUUAAGGAUAUGAAAAAUAUAGAUAUAGCACGUGAAAAAGUUGGUGAAAGAAUAUUUGUCGGUUGGCCUUUCCUUCAAGAAGGAAAAGUAACAGCUAUAUCUGAUGAACAAUUUAGAUAUGAAUUUAAUAACGGGCAAAUUAAUAAAAUUCCACAUAAACAGGAAAUAACUGAAAAGUGGCGACGGAAGGCCGAUAAAUUUGAACAAGAUAACAGUAAAAGAUAUGGAACAAUAAUUGGAAAAGUAAAUGUUUUUGCACAUGUUCUGGUUCUUAAAGGUAUGAAACAAGAGCAAGAUGGCGCUCUAGUUAGAGAAUUCCUCGAAGAGGAACAGGAAUAUGCAAUACAAAUAACAGUCGAUAGUGUUGAAUGUGAAGAUUCUAGGUACGAAGAAAAACCUGCUGCUCCAUUAGCUGAGGAGUUUCCGUUAGCUACCGAAGUAUUCUAUUUGGGUAAUAACCAUUAUGGAUGUCCUGGGAGAGUUUCUUCUAACACAGAAGAGAAUCUGGCUGUGAAAGCGAUCAUUGACAAAAAUAACUCGAAUGAACCUGAAUUUGGUUCAGAAGUUGCAAAAGCUUUUGCUGCAAGAAUUAAAUAUUCUCCUUCAUUUGCUGUUGCUAAAAGAUUGAGUAUAAGUGGUUUAACUUUAAGCAAGUUAACUGCUAGUUUACAUGUUAUUUGUAAAUCAAAUUCAAAUGAACAAAAAUCAACCGAUCAACGAGUCAAUCUUGGUCUCAAUUUAAAAUUCGAGGCAAAGAAACAAAAAGUAUUGGGAUAUACCAGGAAGGCUAAGAUUAAGGAUAAGGAUGGUUGGGAAUACAGUGAAAAAGCAAUACAAAUUUUGGCAGAAUAUAAAGAAAAAUUCCCAGAAUUUAUUCAAGGUUUAGAGAAUAAGCAUGAUAAAGAGGAAAUAUAUACUGCAGAAGAUUUUUAUCCGAAAGAAGAGGCCGUGUCUAAAAUCAAUGCUAUUAAGGAUUGGCUUAAAACCGUUGAAGUGAGGGAUUUCGAGAAGGUUCCAUUAGAAGCAGAGCAAUUAGAUAAAGAAGCAAUACAAGAAAUAGAAGAAGCUGCCGACGAUUUCCUUAAAAAUAUGGUUACCGAUCAAGAAGAAUUUAAAAAUUUGGCGCGAUAUCAAUUGUUAAAGCCGUCGCACGCAUCAACACUUUUACAAAACCAAAAAUUCAACCUUGGCGAUCGAGUUGUUUUUGUUAAAGAUUCAGGAAACGUACCAAUUGCAUCUAAAGGUACGAUCGUUGGUAUUGAAAAAAAUAAUAUUGAUGUAGUAUUCGAUUGUACAUUUAUGGGCGGAUCUACAUUGGGCGAUAGAUGCUCAAAUUAUCGCGGAAUGACCGUUCUUGCCAACUCUUUGCUUAACUUGACACGACCACAGCUUCCUGUUCGUCGUUCGAAUACCGGAAAUGGUAGAUCAAGGCAUGGAACAAAUAUUAAUUAUCAAUCUCGUUAUCAAGAGGCGCUACAGAAUGGACAACAAUAUUAUAAUUCUAAUGCAUACCCUUAUUAUUAUAAUAAUGGCUAUUCGGGUCGUAGUAAUAGAGGCUGGGGAUCUAUUAUUCCAAAUGGUUCCCAUCAAAGACCUCCUAAUCGUUCUCGGGGCGCAAGUGGAUCAAAUGGUUACAUACAACAAUCACAAUUACAUGCACGACCAAUUUCACAAUCACAAGCAUCUUCAGGUGCUACAAAAUAUGGUGUACAAAAUCAAACGCAUCAUUCUUAUCGUCCAAGGUCAAAUGGGAAUAGUUUUUUACCCGGUAGAGGCAAUGGAAGUCGUGGAAUACAUUAUGGUGGUAAUGGAAUUUCACGAGGACGCGGAAGAGGAGAUGGUAAAACAUAAAAAAAAACGAAUUACAACUGACUCUUAAUUAGUUUGUGUAUUUUUUCUCUUUAAUUGUUUAACAUCUUUAUUUAAUAUAACCAAUAAUGGAUAUAUUAAUUUUACUAGCUUGUAAUUUAUUUUUCUUUUUAAAUAUAUUUUCCUUUUCAUGUAAUCCCUGUUCUUUUACAUAAAUAGUUUUGGUUAAUGGUCAUGUGAACAGGCAUUUUGUAAAUUGAUAUCAUACCGCUGAAUGGUUAAAAAUUUGCAAUAUACUUAAUCCAACUAUAUUACGAUAAUUAUUUUAAAUUAUCCAACUAAUAAAGUAUUUAUACUUUCAUGAGCGGAAUA